AUGGAGGAUCCAAACGAAGAUACUGAAUGGAAUGACAUUCUUCGAUCUAAAGGAAUUUUACCUCCAAAAGAAAAAGAGGUAACUGAAGAUCAACUCAUUUCAUUAGUUGAAGAUACAAUUAAAGAAAAACAAAGAGACAAUGAAAAAUCAUUAGGGGAAUUAAAUUUAGAUGAACUUGAUGAAUUAGAAGAUGAAGAAGAUGAAAAAAUUUUAUUAGAAUAUAGAAAUAAAAGAAUUGCUGAAAUAAAAGCAUUAGCGGAAAAAGCAAAAUAUGGAGAAGUUAGCGAAAUCACUGCUCAAGAUUAUGUCAAUGAGGUUAAUAAAGCUGGAGAAGGAGUUUGGGUAGUGCUUCAUUUAUAUAAACAAGGAAUACCUUUAUGUAAUUUAAUAAAUCAGUAUUUGUCGAAAUUAUCAAGAAAAUUUCCGGCUACUAAAUUUAUUAAAAGUAUAUCAACAACAUGCAUACCAAAUUAUCCAGAUAAAAAUUUGCCAACAGUAUUUAUUUAUUUCGAAGGGGAAUUAAAACAACAAUUGGUGGGACCUAUCGAAUUAAGAGGAAUGAAUCUGACUUGUGAUGAAUUAGAAUGGAUUUUGGGACAAGCAGGAGCAGUGCCUACUGAAAUAGAAGAAGAUCCAAAGCCGAAAGUAAAAGAUGUACUUUUUACAAAUUUAAAUUCUUCCAUUAAUAGGGACGAUGAUGGAAACGAUUGGUGA